AGAGCUGCCUUGGGGGGAACCCUGAGCUCCCUUCUCCGUGUCGACGAUCGGUGGGGGUCGCCACCAGGCAAGUUAGCUCACCAGUGGGCGCCGCGGGCCGAGAUGCUUCUCCGGGACCUGGUGCUGCGCCAUGGCUGCUGCUGGCCCUCACUUCUGCUGCACUGUGCGCUGCACCCACUCUGGGGUUUAGUUCAGGUGACGCAUGCUGAGCCCCAGAAGUCUUGCUCUAAGGUGACUGACAGCUGCCAACACAUCUGCCAGUGCCGGCCCCCACCUCCUCUGCCCCCGCCACCCCCACCUCCGCCACCUCCCAGACUACUCUCUGCCCCAGCUCCCAACUCUACCUCCUGCCCCGCGGAGGACAGCUGGUGGUCUGGUCUGGUGAUCAUCGUCGCGGUGGUCUGUGCCUCUCUGGUGUUUCUGACUGUCCUGGUCAUCAUUUGCUACAAAGCCAUUAAGAGGAAACCACUGAGAAAAGAUGAAAACGGCGCCAGUGUUGCUGAGUACCCCAUGAGCUCCUCGCCGAGUAACAAAGGGGUGGAUGUGAACGCUGCGGUGGUGUGAACCUGCAGGCCCUGGGACCCACUGGCCAGAGAGGCACCAUGGUGACAUUGGUGGACAUGGAUGACAGGUGGACAUGAGCUGACCCUGGGCCUGUCCAGGACUCCGUGCUUUGUAGGCCUAGAGCCUCCUGAAAGAGAUAGCAUCCUCUUCCCAGGCUAGCCCUGGCCACUCCCGAGGGGUGCGGCACCGACACCAGGCCUGAGCCAGGCUCCCCUGCAUGUGGCCCCUGAGCAGCACCACCACCCAGGGCUCUCCAUACUCCUCCUUGUCUCCUGUUGGGCACACUGACUGUCCACCAGUUACCACUGAAAGCAUGUAUUCCAGUGAAAGCAGAGGGUCUGUCCAUCUGCCUGGGGCAGAGAGGUACCCCACGUUAGCCAGAAGAAAGGUGAGCUCCCAUUCCGGAAGCUUCCUCUUCUGCAGGAAACCCACCUGCUCCUCUGUGGACAUUCUUACAAAAGCCAUCAUCACACAGCCAUGAGACAAAUGUCCCCUUCCAAAGGUGCUUCCCACACAUCCUGUCCAUCGCUGUAUCUGCCAUGGUCUUCCGUCUCCAGAGCCUGUGUCACCCUCCUUCGCCCAACCACAGCCUAGCCUGUGACUCCUUACGGCAAGCCUGCCUCUGGAAGCCGCGAGUUCAGCCUACAGAGUCCCCCAGGGAGUGAACUCAGUGUCUUCCAGAUGCCCAGGCAGAGGGUGUCUCAAGAAAGUCAGAGGUUCCCUUUGCCCACUCUGACACCCACCCCUGCAUCUUCAGGAAGCAUCGGUGUGAGCCAAGCCCUGCCUCACUGGACAGAGGUCAAAACUUGGGCCAAAACCUUACAAGCGCUCUGUGCCAGGCUGAUGCUGGUCUAGUGCUCUGCGACCCGCUUACUCCCAGCGGUCCCCUGAAGCCUAAAUUUGGUAUCAGAAAGUUCCCAGGAGAAGGUGGCCUUCUGUGUGUCCCUGAGGAGGCUUUCUCUGUGGGCCAGAACUCUUAAGGCACCCGCGCUUCCUGAAUGUGGGUAGAAGAGAAAGUGGAGAAGAGUCGUCUAGCCUUGAUAACCCUCCACCCAUAGGCUUGUGUCCCUGGAGGCCACCCACACAGUGAGGCCCAUCCCUUGACCCUUGUGAUUUUGUAUCCCUUGCCUCCUGUCCCUCAACUCUCCUCACCAGCCACAUGUACUUGCCCAGAAGGAAGCAGACCUACUGGAGAGUUCAAGGCUCCCACAGUGAAGAGAUUUAGCUGGGCACAUUAGCCCCCUCCUCAGCCACCAGAGAUCUCUGGUGGGUGUUUGUGCUACAUGAGAAUUUCAAAGCCAGGUAAAACUGACAGACAUGAGGAUCAGUCCUAUGUAGCUGGGUGUCCUUAAGUUGCCACUGCUCUGCUCCUGUGUCAAUAGGUGUAGGUUAAAGGGUGUUCCAGAGCAUGACAUAGCUCCUGUAAAUGACAUUUGCCUUCCUUUGCUUGAGGACAUGGUUUUGGGUUAGUUUUGAAUUUUCCUUUAACAGCCUGCCCUGUGCUGGAGCACAGGGUUGCCAAGAUCCUUCUCUGGGGCUGCCCCGCCUCACCCAGGGGAGCAUUGGGCCAUCCUCUCUGGAUGGGAUUCCAAAUGAAACCUCAGAGGAGGUAGAUCAGGGACAGGCACGACAAGGGUGAGAAGCCUGUCAGGCUCCACCCCAGUGCCUUGUCUCUCACACCAUCACACCUUGAUCUAAACUGAGUCUCCUGGUGCCCGUGCCCACAGCAGACACUGGGCAGAUAGGAGGCCUGGCCCUAGUUGCAAACAUACACACCUUGGAACCUCACAGGGGAUAGUAAUACCCUCCUAUUCCCACCUCCAGUUAUCAAGCCCCAGGAGUGAGGAAGGAAUACUCCUAGCUGGAGAGGAGCUCCUUACUAGGGGGCCUGAGGGCUGGGUAGAGUCUGAGAUCUCCAUGUACCUAUGUCCAGACCUUGGCUUAAACCUAGGUAGCACACGGUGUUUGUGUGUGCUAUGAGCCAGCAGGGACUAUGGCUGAGAUUGCACUGUGCUUGGCUAGUGUACAUGUAAAUUCUCUUUAGUGGGCUUGCGUUACCCCACCCCGCAGUUAGGGGGAGACCAAGGGAAGGGCCUAGGUUUUAAAAGGGUUCCCCGGAGAAUGGCCUCUCAAGCUCAAGCUUGGCCACUUAGAGGGCGUGUCUCACAUCACAAUAGAAGGCAGUAGCUUUUAAGCCCACAUGGCUGUAACAUACACAAAGUCAAUGUCAACCAAGAGCCUGAACUUAGACCUUCACUUCAAAGGGCCCUGAGUCAGCUCCACGAAGACCUGUUCUCAGUGCAGCCUGAAUGGAUGCAGAGGUCAGAAGAAAUGCCCGUGUCCACGAGUUUCCUCCGACGCUUUUCACUGUGGUUAAGUCAUGUCAAAACUCAACAGCGUUUAGGCUCUCCCAGUUACCAGGUGUUUCUACAAGCCUUCUAGAAGACAUUUUGGAUGAAAGAGAAGUAGAUGUAAAAAAAUAUAUAGGCAUACUAUAUAUAGUUAUAUAUAUAUAAAGAGAUACCUAUCUAUACAAAUAUAUAUAUAUAUAUAUAAAUACUGUACUCUGAUCUGUACAAACAUGACCUAAACAGUCCAGGUAGUGUGUGACCUGCAGUGCAUGAAUGUAAAUACCGUGAACUCUGCCUUCUUAGCAAUGUGUGUGUGUGUGUGUGUGUGUGUGUGUGUGUGUGUGUGUGUGUGUGUGGCGACUGUUGCCGCUGGCACACGGCCUUGGUGGGCAGGUACACGCGUCAAGACUCAGCAGCCCCUUCCUUACGAAGAAGGAGGCAUCGAGGUUUUUUUUACUGUCAAUAAAAAUGUACUUAUAAA